AUGAAAGAAGGGGUCGAUUGGAAGAGUGAAGUAGAGAAAGUUUGGGAUAAGAUGGAAGUGGGUUCCGGGAAAAAAAGUAUGAGGAAGAUUGGGGGUCUAGAUAAGGAAGGAAAAGGCCUGGUACUCAUAGAAAUGGAAGGGACUGACAAGAAAAAGGAAGUAAUGAUCGCCAAGAAGGACGAUUUAACCUAUGAAGAGAGAAGAAUUAAGAAAAUCAUUUCACAGGAAGCGGCGAAGGAAAGAGCUUACGGUAACACAGUGAAAGUGGGGUAUUUGAAAAUGUGGGUAAAUGGAAAACUGAGACUGUGGGAUGAGGCAAAAGGGAACUGGAAAAACCAACAGGGAAACGAAUAA